UUCUCCCCAGCACACAUAUUUGCACAGAGAGAGCGUCCUCAGGCCACCAUGAUGUUGGCCCCUGCCUCCGGGCCCCACCUGCCUCCUUACCUGCUGCUGGCUCUGCUGUUGGGACUCACAGGUGUGGCAGGUGAGGCGGAACUGCAGGUGAUCCAGCCUGAGAAGUCGGUGUCUGUGGCGGCCGGACAGACGGCCACUCUUCACUGCACCCUGACCUCCCUGGUCCCCGUUGGGAAGGUCGAGUGGUUCAGGGGGACAGGGCCAGGCCGGGAGUUAAUCUUCAGUUUCAGAGGAGACCCUUACUCCUCUCGAGUAACAAAUGUUUCAGACGCCACAAGGAGAAACAACCUGGACUUUUCCAUCCGCAUCAGUAACAUCACCCCAGAAGACACGGGAACCUACUACUGUGUGAAGUUCCAGAAAGGGAACCCCGAUGUGGAGUUUAAGUCUGGACCAGGCACCCAGGUCACCGUGAGCGCCAAACCCUCUCCCCCCGUGGUGUCGGGCCCCACGGCCAGGGCCACACCUGAGCAGACUGUGAGCUUCACCUGCGAGUCCCACGGCUUCUCCCCCAGAAACGUCACCCUGAAAUGGUUCAAAAACGGGAAGGAGCUGGCAGCCUCCCAGACCACCGUGGACCCAGAGGGAGACAGUGCUUCCUACAGCAUCUCCAGCACAACCACGCUGCCGCUGGCCCCGGGGGACGUUCGCUCCCAGGUCAUCUGCGAGGUGGCCCACGUGACCCUGCAGGGGGGCCCUCCUCUUCGUGGGACUGCCAACUUGUCCGAGACCCUCCGAGUUCCACCCACCUUGGAGGUUGACCAGCAACCCGUGACAGGGAACCAGGUGAAGGUCAUUUGCCAAGUGAAGAAGUUCUACCCCCAGCGCCUACAGCUGACCUGGUUGGAGAACGGACACGUGUCCCGAACAGAAACGGCCUCGACGGCCUCGAACCUCAUAGAGAACAAGGAUGGGACCUUUAACUGGACAAGCUGGCUCCUGAUGAAUUUAUCCGCCCACAGGGAAGAUGUGGUUUUCACCUGCCAGGUGCAGCAAGACGGGCAGCCCGAGGUCACCAAAACCCAUACCCUUGUGGUCUCUGCCCACCAGAAGGACCAGGAAGCCCAUACGACCCACGAUCGAGAACUGUCCACUCCACUCCUGGUGGCUCUCUCCUUGGGCCCCAAGCUGCUGCUGCUCGUCUCUGUCUCUGCCAUCUAUGUCCACAGGAAGCAAUGGAUUCACUGGUGUCCCGGGAGGAAAACAGCACCGAGGACAUAGGAGACACGUGGAGAACAUUUCUAGAAUGAUGAGCAGAUAAUGAAAUGUGAACAUGGGUCCACAGCUCCUUCCUUCCUCCCCUGCUACAUGCCAUCCUCGGUCUCUGCUGCCUCCUUCCUUCCCUGAGGGGCCCAGCCCAAGACAAGGAACAACUAGAAGCUUCCACAACCCUGCCCCAGAUGCCUGCUUC